UUGAGGCUCCUUUAUCUGGCCCAACCUUGAACGGUUGCUCAGAAUGGAAUAUGGUCCUCAUGCUGAAAAGGUUUCUCCAUCUCUGUGGUAGUCCGUUGCCUCACAACCUUGACAGUGGUCCUCUGGCACGCAGGUUAAGGGCUUUACAACACUGCGGUUCCUGAUUGAGCCUUCGGAUGCUGUCACCAUGCGGGGAAGUAACAUGUUGCUCAACUGCACGGCAGAAUCAGAACAAGCAUUUCCAGUCAUCAAAUGGAAAAAGGAUGGUGUCUUUUUAAACUUGGCAGUGGAUGAGAGAAGGCAGCAGUUUUCUAAUGGAUCUCUUUUGAUACAAAACAUAGUCCAUUCCAGACACCAUAAACCUGAUGAGGGCCUUUAUCAAUGUGAAGCAUCACUAGAAGGGAUCGGAGCCAUCAUCAGUCGGACAGCCAAAGUCUCAGUAGCAGGUCCAUUGAGGUUUCUAUCCCAGACAGACUCUGUCACGGCUUUCACAGGAGACACUGUGUUGUUAAAAUGCGAAGCUGUAGGAGAACCUAUGCCUUCUAUCCACUGGCAGAGAAACCAAGAAGAUCUUGUUUUGAAGCCUGGGGAUACCCGCGUGGCAGUUCUGCCUUCUGGAUCUUUACAAAUUAGCCGAAUUCAACCAGGGGAUGGCGGAAUCUAUAGAUGCCUUGCAAAAAAUCCUGCCAGUUCAAGAACUGGAAAUGAAGCAGAAGUCAGAGUUUUGUCAGAUCCUGGGUUGCACAGGCAACAAUUUUUCCUACACAGACCAUCAAAUGUGGUAGUUGUCGAGGGGAAAGAUGCUGUGCUGGAAUGUUGUGUUUCCGGCUAUCCAGCCCCAAUGUUUACGUGGAUGCGAGGAGAUGAAACAAUCCCAUUCAGGUCCAAAAAGUAUUCAUUAUUGGCUGGCAGUAACUUGCUGAUAUCUAAUGCAACAGAUGAUGAUUCUGGGACGUAUACUUGCGUGGUCACCUACAAGGAUGAGAACAGCAGUGCCUCAGCCGAGCUAUCUGUACUGGUUCCUCCAUGGUUCAUCAAUCAUCCUUCAAAUCUCUAUGCCUAUGAAAGUAUGGACAUUGAGUUUGAAUGUGCUGUCUCCGGUAAACCAGUACCUACAGUGCAGUGGAUCAAGAAUGGAGAAGUUGUCAUUCCUAGCGAUUAUUUUCAGAUAGUGGGUGGCAGCAACCUGCGGAUUUUGGGCUUGGUAAAAUCAGAUGAAGGAUUCUACCAGUGUGUUGCUGAAAACGAUGCUGGGAAUGCUCAAACCAGUGCACAGCUAAUCAUCCCUGAGCCUGCUAUCCCAAGUUCCAGUGUUCUCCCCUCUGCUCCCCGAGAUGUGGUCCCUGUGUUGGUCUCCAGUCGAUUUGUCCGCCUCAGCUGGCGCCCACCUGCGGAGGCCAAAGGGAACAUUCAGACGUAUGCUGUCUUCUUCUCCAGAGAGAGCAUCAACAGGGAGCGGGGUCUGAACACAUCACAGUCUGGGGUGCUCCAGCUUACAGUGGGGAAUCUGAAGCCAGAAGAGACCUACACCUUCCGAGUGGUUGCAUACAAUGAAUGGGGACCCGGUGAAAGCUCACAGCCCAUCAAGGUGGCAACACAACCGGAGUUACAAGUUCCAGGACCAGUAGAAAACCUGUGGGCUGUAUCGACCUCACCUACCUCAAUUCUUAUUACGUGGGAACCCCCUGCCUAUGCAAAUGGUCCAGUCCAAGGUUAUAGACUGUACUGUACAGAAGUCAUUACUGGAAAAGAACAGAAUAUAGAAGUUGAUGAUCUAUCAUAUAAGCUGGAAGGACUGAAGAAAUUCACAGAAUAUACCCUACGAUUUCUGGCUUACAAUCGUUAUGGGCCUGGCGUAUCAACUGAAGACCUGACAGUCAGGACACUUUCGGAUGUUCCAAGUGCUAUGCCUCAGAAUGUCUCCUUGGAGGUGGUGAACUCAAAGAGCAUCAAAGUGAGUUGGCUGCCUCCGCCUCCUGGCACACAAAAUGGCUUCAUCACUGGCUAUAAAAUACGACACAGAAAGACAGCCCGCAGGGGUGAGAUAGAAACAUUGGAGCCAAACAACCUCUGGUACCUGUUUACAGGUCUUGACAAAGGAAGCCAGUAUAGUUUCCAGGUAGCAGCAAUGACAGUCAAUGGGACAGGACCCUCCUCAGACUGGUAUACUGCAGAAACUCCAGAGAGCGAUCUUGAUGAAUCACAGGUUCCUGACCAGCCAAGCUCUCUUCAUGUCAGGCCCUUGUCAACCAGCAUUGUCAUGAGCUGGACGCCACCUCUGAACCCAAACAUCGUUGUGCGUGGAUACAUCAUUGGCUACGGAGUGGGCAGCCCAUAUGCCGAGACAGUGCGAGUGGACAGCAAACAGCGCUACUAUUCAAUUGAACAUUUGGAACCAAGUUCCCACUAUGUCAUAUCUUUGAAAGCAUUUAACAAUGCGGGAGAGGGAGUCCCUCUUUAUGAGAGUGCCACCACCAGAUCUCUGACAGUCCCAGAUGUCUCCACCCCCAUGCUCCCACCAGUAGGUGUCCAGGCUGUUGCAUUAACACACGAUGCUGUGAGGGUCAGCUGGGCAGACAACUCUGUCCCCAAGAAUCAAAAGACAACAGAAGUUCGGUUUUACACGGUCCGAUGGAGAACCAGCUACUCUACAAGCGCUAAAUACAAGUCAGCAGACACAACAGCCUUGAGUCACACCGUAUCGGGUCUGAAGCCAAAUACCAUGUAUGAGUUCUCUGUCAUGGUCACGAAAGGGCGAAGGUCAAGCACGUGGAGUAUGACAGCUCACGCCACUACUUAUGAGGCAGCGCCAACCUCUGCUCCCAAGGAUUUGACCGUCAUUACUCGCGAAGGGAAGCCUCGGGCUGUCAUUGUCAGCUGGCAGCCGCCAUUAGAAGCCAACGGCAAAAUUACUGCUUAUAUCCUGUUCUACACCUUGGACAAGAAUUCCCCCAUUGAUGACUGGAUCAUGGAGUCAAUCAGUGGCGACCGGCUCACCCAUCAAAUCAUGGAGCUCAAUCUCGACACGGUGUAUUACUUUAGGAUACAAGCCCGUAAUGCCAAAGGCGUGGGACCUCUCUCUGAUCCCAUUCUCUUCCGGACUCUUAAAGUGGAACAUCCUGACAAAAUGGCUAAUGAUCAAGGUCGUCAUGGUGAUGGGGCCUACUGGCCAGUUGACACAAACCUGAUCGACCGAAGCAGUCUUAACGAACCCCCCAUUGGGCAGAUGCAUCCUCCCCAUGGAAGUGUGACACCCCAGAAGAACAGUAACCUUCUUGUCAUCAUUGUCGUUACCGUUGGGGUUGUUACGGUGGUGGUGGUGGUGAUUGUGGCUGUGAUUUGUACCCGGCGUUCAUCAGCACAGCAGAGGAAAAAACGUGCCACUCAUAGUGCUGGCAAGAGGAAGGGCAGCCAGAAAGACCUGAGGCCCCCAGAUCUCUGGAUACACCAUGAAGAGAUGGAAAUGAAGAAUAUUGAAAAGCCUUCGAGUUCUGAUCCAACAGGAAGAGACUCCCCAAUGCAGAGCUGCCAAGACAUCACCCCAGGCAGCCAUAGCCAAUCUGAAACUCAGAUGGGCAGCAAGAGUGCCUCACAAUCUGCUCCUGAACCAGAAGAGGUGGGGAGCAGCAUGUCCACGCUUGAACGUUCACUCGCAGCCCGCAGAGCAACACGUGCCAAGCUCAUGAUUCCAAUGGACUCACAACCCAGCAAUCCUUCUGUAGUCAGUGCCAUCCCAGUGCCAACGCUAGAAAGUGCUCAGUACCCAGGAAUCCUGCCAUCCCCCACAUGUGGGUACCCACAUCCUCAGUUCACUCUCCGACCUGUGCCAUUCCCAACGCUCUCAGUUGACCGGACUUUUGGAACAGGAAGAACAGUGACCGAAGGACCAGCCCCGCAGCAGACAUCCAUGUUACCGCAGUCACAGACCGAACACUCCAGCAAUGAAGAUGCCCCAAGCAGGACAAUUCCCACAGCAUGUGUACGGCCUACACAUCCUCUCCGCAGUUUUGCCAACCCCUUGCUACCUCCACCAAUGAGUGCAAUAGAACCGAAAGUCCCUUAUACACCGCUUUUAUCUCAAACAGCACCCAACCUUCCCAAGGCUCAGGUUAAGACAGCAUCACUUGGACUAGCUGGAAAAGCAAGAUCCCCUCUGCUUCCUGUCUCAGUACCGACAGCCCCAGAAGCCUCAGAAGAGGGUCACAAACAAACAGAGGAUCCUGCAAAUGUAUAUGAACAGGAUGAUUUGAGUGAACAGAUGGCUAGCUUGGAGGGGCUAAUGAAGCAGCUUAAUGCCAUCACGGGCUCGGCCUUCUGAAAGCUUUGGAUGAACAGAAGAGUGGAGUAACCCGGGAACAUUGCAGCCUACCAGCAUUUCACACACACACACACACACACCACCCAUCGUCUGCAUCUGCCAUAAAGCCAACUGCUGCAUCAUUGAACCCCGUUCUAAGGAGGGAUCUCACAGUCUCAAAAUGGCAUCAUGCGUUCCUAUUGGUCAAGCAACAGAAGUCGCGGUGGAAGAACAAGAAACAAGAAGCCUGCUUGACACCCCCAGUGCCUCUAGGUGGCCUAUUUUGUUCUGCUGAUUUCCGUAGUGUGCAAAGUGGGGUCAUAUUUAAGGUCUGCUCCACACAUUAUCAUGUAGCUGGUAACCUGAGCUGUGUUGGCAUCUCUCCAUGUGAGGGAGACCACCAAUUUUGUCUCCAGUGAAAUUCAAAGUAAAUUUGAGGGUUCUUUCUCAGAUGAAAUUCCUGAGAUCUUUUGAGGGACACCAAAGAGACUAGCAACAU